AUUGUUAUUCAAGACUAAUCAUUGAAACCAAAAAAUUCACCACAUAUAUGCUCUGCGCUUUGCGAAUGAGACAGUGGCUGCGUGUUACUUUCUUGAUCUAUAAAAAUCCCAACAAUUAUGUCUUAUACUUGUACUGCUACUAGUUUUCCAAUCAAAGUCCCGCAUACUUUAUUCCAUUCUAGGAAGUUUAAUGAUGUUUUUCCCAAAAACCAAAUACUAGGAACUCUCUCCUUCUCUUCGAAGAAAAAUUCUCGCUUUGGUUUUACUAACCAAACCAUUUCUCUUUCUCAGUGUUGUAGUCAAACCAAUUUUCUAUCUACAAUGGAUGAAGAUUGUAAAUUGGAAGUUAGCUCAACUGAUAUUCCAGAGGGGUAUUGUAAAGAACUGGAAAUUGCAGUAAGAGCUGUACAUAUGGCUUGCUUGCUUUGUCAGAGAGUUCAAGAUAAUUUGCUCUCUAAAACCUCUGAACAAGUCCAUUCUAAGGAAGAUAAUUCCCCCGUCACAAUUGCUGAUUGGAGUGUCCAAGCAAUUGUCAGCUGGGUACUAUCCGAGGCUUUUGGCAGUGAGAAUGUAGCUAUUGUUGCUGAAGAAGAUGUGGAAGUUCUUUCGAAGCCUAGCUCGGUUGGCCUGUUAGAAGCAGUAGUGAGAACCGUGAAUGAGUGUCUAGCAGAUGCACCCCGUUUUGGACUGAAAGGUCCUGGUACUGAUCUUGAUGCUAAAUCUGUUCUUGCGGCCAUAAGUCGGUGCAACUUGGCCGGCGCCAGAGGUAGCAAGUUUUGGGUACUGGAUCCUGUUGAUGGAACAUUGGGUUUUGUACGUGGAGAUCAAUAUGCCAUUGCUUUGGCAUUGAUAGAAGAUGGAGAACCUGUGCUUGGGGUUCUCGGGUGUCCAAAUUACCCUAUGAAGAAGGAAUGGCUUAGUUAUCAAAAUGGUUAUCGGAGAAUCUUAUCUAGGUUGACCUCCCAAACAUCUGUAUCUGGGGAUAGAGGUUCUGUACUUUAUGCAAGGAAAGGUGGCGGCAAGGCUUGGAUGCAACCAUUACUGUAUGGAGAAAAGAACUUUGUGUGGCCAAACUCUGCAAAGCAAAUCAAAGUCUCCUCCAUAGAUAAUCCAGCAUUGGCUACCUUUUGUGAACCAGUUGAGAUAGCAAAUUCAAGCCAUUCAUUCACAGCAGGACUGGCCCAUAGUGUUGGACUUAGGAACCAGCCAUUACGUGUAUAUAGCAUGGUGAAGUAUGCAGCCAUAGCUCGAGGAGAUGCUGAGAUAUUCAUGAAAUUUGCAAGGGCUGGUUACAAGGAGAAAAUAUGGGAUCAUGCAGCUGGUGUUCUUAUCAUUGAAGAAGCCGGCGGUGUGGUGACAGAUGCAGGAGGGCGGCCGCUAGACUUCUCCAAAGGCGUAUACUUAGAAGGACUUGAUCGAGGAUUUCGACUCUCAUUCAAAUUCAAAUUGUACAAAAAGGAAGCAAGUGGUAAAAAACAAAUAAUAAAGCCAAAGGAAUGAAUGGAAAAGGAUUUCGACUGUUGACUUUAAGUUUGAUAGAAAGCCAAAGGUAUAAGAGUAUAGAUGCAUUAAUUUUGGGGCUCAUUCUAUAUUCCUAUAAAACCUAUAUUACUGUUGUAUGGUACCAAUGGGUUUUUGGAGCAUUUCCUGACCAAAUGGUAACCUGCAGUUUCUUCCAAACAAAGGUCCUCAGCUUGUUCACUAGCUGAAGAUGACAUCUCAAUGUAGCUAUUUCUUUUGUUUUUUUCCCUUUUCUUUCUCUUCUAUUCCAAAAAAAAACUGCACUUUGUUAUAAUGAUUUUGAA